UCACUCUCCAUCAUGGCGGCGUCAGCUAAGAAGAAGAAUAAGAAGGGGAAGACCCUGACCCUGACUGAUUUCCUUGCGGAGGACAGCGGGGGCAGUGCCCCCCCAAGCUACCCCCCCACCAAGCCCACUAGCUGGGCAGAUGAGACAGAUGACCUGGAAGGUGACGUCUCCACCUCCUGGCACACAGAGGAUGAUAUUUACCGUGCCCCUCCCAUCGACCGCUCCAUCCUGCCCACGGCCCCCCGGGCCGCGCGGGAGCCGAACGUGGACCGGUCGCGCCUGCCCCGCAGCCCCCCCUACACGGCCUUCCUGGGGAACCUCCCCUACGACGUCACCGAGGACUCCAUCAAGGACUUCUUCCGCGGACUCAGUAUCAGCGCCGUGCGUCUCCCGCGAGAGCCCAGUAACCCGGAGCGGCUGAAGGGCUUCGGCUACGCCGAGUUUGACGACGUGGACUCCCUCCUGCGGGCCCUCAGCCUCAAUGAGGAGAAUCUUGGGAACCGGAGGAUCCGUGUGGACAUUGCAGACCAGUCUAAUGAGAAAGAGCGAGAGGACCGCUCCAUGUCCGGGCGGGACAGGAACCGGGGCGACGGCGGCCCCGACAAGACAGACUCGGACUGGCGGGCGCGACCGAGCGGUGACAGCGAUGAGGGGCCACGGAGGGACGACGCCUUCGGGGAGCGGUCACGGGACCGCUACGAGUCGGACCGGUACCGAGACGGCCCGCGCCGGGACAACGACCGCUACGACGGCGGCGGCAGAGACCGGUACCGCGAGCGUUACGACGACCGGGACCGCAGAGACUACGACAGAGGCUAUGACUCUCGUAGCGGGGGUCGGCGCCCGUUUGGCAGCGGCUUCCGUCGCGACUACGACGACCGGCGUGAUGACUACCGGAGCGGGGACCGGUAUGGCGACCGGUACGGUGACCGUGAAGACCGGUUCGAGAGACGGGACGAUAGGCGCGAGGAGAGAGGCCCCCCUCAGAGGCCCAAGCUGAACCUGAAGCCCCGCAGCGUGCCCAAGGAGGAGGACCAGGGCGGGGCGCCCUCCGCCCAGACGGGCCGCGCCGCCUCCAUCUUCGGCGGGGCCAAACCCGUGGACACGGCGGCCAAGGAGCGGGAGGUGGAGGAGCGGCUGAAGAAGGAGCAGGAGAAGCUCCAGAGACAGCUGGAGGAGGACAAGGGCAGGGGACCGGAGCGCAAGCCCCGGGAGAGGCACCCAAGCUGGCGCAACGAGGACCAACCUGCAGAGCGUUCCCGGACAGGAAGUGAGUCAUCGCAGCCAGGCAGCACUUCUGGCAGAGGCUCUCGGCGUAGGGAGAGCGAGCGCUCGGUGGAGAAUGAGGUGUUCAGCGGCCGCGAGGAGGACCCCCCUUCCCCGGGCACCCGGGCCCCGCCCUCCAAGCAGGAGGGCCUGCCCUUAAAGGUGGUGCCGGCGCCGCCCCCCAAGGAGAACGCGUGGGCCAAGCGCAGCGCCAUCAGCGGGGGCUCCUCUGAGGGCGAGGGCCGCUCCCCCAUCUCCCCCAGCAGCAACACGCCCCCGAAACUCAGCAGCUCGAGCUCCAUUGAUGAGAAAGUCUCAGUGAAAGGUAAAGACGAGAACAAGGCGGAAGGCGUGCGUCGGGACCGGGUCCCUCCGCGGGGGAGGGGAGGGGCAGCGGGUCCCGGGACGGGCAGGGGGAGAGGAGACGCGGCCAGCAGAGACCGGCGGAAGGAGGCAGACAGAAAGGACGGCAGAAGAGAACGAGACUUCAGACCAGCACCAGAGCCAAAGAAAUACGAGGAGUCUCCCAGCCCUAAAUUCAGCUCCGCCAGUAAGUACGCCGCGUUGCUAAUGGACGGCGAGCAAGGAGACGAAGCGGAAGAUAACGGCGAAUAAUAAAACAGGAUCGAGAAAAAUGAAUGAAUUAAAGGAAGUUCAUGAGAAAUAAAUCCAACCUCUACACCGGAGCAGAACCGAAGCCUCUCCCUCCCCAAACCCCCACCUUCCAUACAGAGACACACACACACACAUGCACACACGCACACACACAUACGUAAUCUCACCCACCCCCACCCAGCCCCUGCCCCCAAACAGCCCAGUCCUCAGUCCCUCUUCAGGACUCUGUAUCUAAACAUAGCAAAAUACUGGACUUGUUUUAAAAUAAAAUGGAAAGCGCAAAAAAGU